AUGGACGAAGCUACCAUGCGCUAUGUGGAAAUACGAUGUCAGUAUGCGAGUGCGCGGACGGGGAAAGGGCCGCAUAUGACGGGAGAAGGCCUUGCCCGGGAGCUUGAGGCCAGUAACAGUCGAGAACGGGAGGUUGGUGUCGUAUGGGCGGAUGUUGGGGUUGAGGUCGGCAAGUUGAAGUUGACGUGUGCUGGCGCUGGCGUGGGUGCGGCUCUUUGCCCAAGGUUUCCGAAGAACCAGGCAAAUAUGUACUAUACUCAACUAUUGCAGCAACAACAACCACUAGGAAUACUACCAAUUAUGCCACUGGCCACAGCGGGAGUAGACCGAUCCUUCUUCUUUCUGCAUGAAUCAAAGCCUGGAAUGAAGGCCACCCUCUACAUAGUAAAUCAAACUUUGAGAAGUCCAGGCCGGUGUGGACGCAAAAUAGCACAAGUGCAAAACCGUUAUGAACCGGUUAUUUGGUACCAAGAGCUCUGCUCCGAAACCGACGCUCGAUUCCGCAAUCACAAAUACGUAAAACUCGCCGCUCUAAAUGCAGAAUUAUCGUCCUACCAAUCUCGAAUGGCUAAAAUGCGCGACGGACCCGGGAAAAAUGCCAUACGUCAAAAAGCCCUCAAGGUGCUACAACGCCGCAAGCAAUACGAAGCUCAGCGAGAUCAACUGUCGCAACAGUCAUGGAACAUGGAACAAGCAGGCAUGAUGCAGGAUAAUCUGAAAAAUGUCAUGACGACUGUGGAUGCGAUGAAGACCACGACAAAGACGCUCAAACAGCAGUAUGGAAAGGUGGAUAUCGACCAGAUCGAGCGCAUGCAGGAUGAGAUGCAGGAUUUGAUGGAAAUUGGGAAUGAGAUUCAGGAGAGCAUCAGCCGUGCGUAUGACGUGCCGGAGGAUGUGGAUGAGGCUGAACUUGAUGCGGAGUUGGAAGCGCUUGGGGAGGAGUCGAUGUUCGAAAACGCUUUAUCUGAGGAUGCGACACCCGCAUUUCUUCAAGACGAGGUUGCACCACCACAGUUUGUGGAUGAACCUCCUGAGGAGGGGAAGGUUAAGGAGGCUGCUGGGUGA